AUGUCCAGCCAGAAGUCACGGACAGGGGAAGCUCGCCUGGCUUGUGAGAAGUUUGGUGGCGUUUACGUGGUCAUGGGAGAGUUUGGGAAAGCUGCUGAUGCACUUGUUAAGGGAGCACAGGUCUGUGAGAGUCAGGGGUCUAGUGUGGACGACGUGCUGCCGCUCUACACACACGCGUGCGAGCUCCUCGAGGCUCAAGAAAAGUCCCUCUUUGCAGUCAAAACGUUUAGUAACCUGCAGAGUUUACUUGUGAAGUACGAGCAACACCUCGUUGCGAUUGCGUUUUGCCAUACCGUGUGA